AUGUGGGGCCUAAGACCCAGAUCUUACAACUGUGAGAGAUGUGGGAAUGACUUUGUCAGCCGCACAGCUCUGAGAUACCAUUUUCAAGCUAAACAUCUUGGGAGAGUUCACUGUGAAACUUGUGGCAAGGAGGUUUUGCGAGAGUGUCUUCUGCAGCAUGCAAAGACUGAUCAUGAAAUGAUACUGACCAGCAAUCACAGAAGCUACUGGGAUAUGAGUCGUAAGAGGAGAACAAAAUUUGUGGCCACAGAAACACUGACAUCCUGUAGGAUGUGCCCCAGGCAGUUUGGAACAGCCCAUGCCAGGGAAUACCAUGAGAAACAAGAGCAUCACUUCACUGCCAGCAAAAGAGCUCAAAUGUCCACUGCGUUUAAACCUGAAAACAUAUUAGAGUACAAAACACCUGCGGAAUUAACAAAAUUUGUGGAAGCAAAACUCCGACCAAACUCAAAUGCUGUAAGGUGGGGCUGUGCAUCAGAAGUUGAAAAGAUCAUUGAGUUCAUUGAAGAAGUGUUUCCAUUACCAAUUACAUAUGUUACGAAGGGCGGUUCAUAUAUAAAAGGAACUGAUGUGCAAGAUUCAUCUGAUGUGGACAUAGUUCUUUUUAGCGGCGCCUUUCAAAGUUUAGAAGACUGCCAAAGAACAAUUCCCGAAGUACUAGAAGAGUUAGGGAAAAGACUAACUAAUCCUUCCUGGAUCAACAGGGUAAUAUUGCAGGAAAGGACACCAUUUUCCUUAAGGUUCUACUUUAAGUGUUAUAAAGAUCACCACGGCCACUUGUUUGACAUAAUGCCUUGUUAUGACAUGUUUGGGCCUACAUUAUCAGCAGGUUUAAAAGAGAGCUUUUACCGCAAGCUCUACCACUGCAGUGACAGUGAUAAAAUCCAGCUGUACACUAUGGCCCUGUUGAAGCACCAAGUUGAGUUUGUCAAGGCGUCAACAGAGAGGGUGAAAGAUCUCAUACGUUUAAUGAAGCACUGGUUCAAAACUUCAUUUGCAACACCAGGAGAAGAAAACAAGUAG